CUUAGAUUUUUUAUUACAUUUAGUGGUUCUAUACCUAAAUUCCCCGACAUAAACAGGAUGGCAAGUAAAUGUAUGAGAGAAGAAGACCCGACACUUCUAGAGUUUAAAAGUAGAAUAUGCAUGCAUUCCAUUAAAGAUACUAAUGUAUGCUGGAUCACUGCCAUGGUAUUUUACCAACCAUGCUCUAUCUAUGUAACAGACUACAAUAACAAGGCACUAAAAAUGGCAAACACCUCGUUUAAUAAACUAUCCGAUAGGAUAAGCCUGGAUGGCCAUCCUUGGGAUAUUACAGGAAUGUUUCAUGAUACAGUUGCAGUUACACUUCCCAAUGAAAAAAGAAUUCAGUUAGUUGAUGUUACGGCAAAAGGAUGGAGAAUAAAAAGAACAUUAAGGUUUGAUAAGCAAUAUUGGGGAAUAGGUCACUGUAAGCCAAAUUUUAUUGUUUCUUCGUUGUCACCCCCAGCGCUUCACGUCAUGAAUAGACAAGGUGAGGUACUGAAAACGAUAAGGAAAAAUGAUAGAGAUGAAGAAAUCUUUAGGCGACCCAUGUUUAUCCAAACAAAUUAUACGUCUAUUGUGGUGUCAGACAGAGAUAAGAAGGCAGUUAUAGUCUUAGACCUGAAUUGCAAGGUUCAGAAUUAUUACAGAACAAAUUCAGACCCAAGAAUAGUGGCUUUAGCGGAGGGCGGAUCAAAUGCAGACCCAAGAGGAGUGGCUUUAGCGGAGGGCGGAUCAAAUGCAGACCCAAGAGGAGUGGCUUUAGCAGAGGGCGGAUCAAUGUUUGUUAGUACGAUCAAUGGAAAUGAAAAGAAUGUUAUAGCGAUAUCGAAGAAAGGCUCUCAAAGAUUUGUUAAACUAGAUAGCCUCGAUGAUCCGUAUGCACUCAGCUACUUCUUUCAAGGACGAGAACUGUUCGCGAGUUCCUAUUCUGAAAUUGCAAAACUAGAUAACUAUGUUUAUAUGUACAAACGAUGUGAUUAAGAAAGAACUGUAUCAAAAGUGAAUUGAUUAUUUUCAAGUUUAGGUUAACUCGAAAUUUUUCGAGAGACUUAAAAGUUCUGAAAUAGUUAGAUCAUUAUCACUUUUGAUAAGAAUUUAUUGGAAAUAAUCAAAAUGCCAUGUGAAUAAAUAUGUUGAGAUAGCAUGUAGCUUAAGAAAGAAUAAUCUGUUUUAAAUUUUUGACUUUUGGUUAAUUUCUUAUUUAUUGUUUGUGGUUUUCAAAAUGCUAUCCCUUAAUAAAAAUUGCCCGAGUAUGGAAAACUCAAUUAUAUUCAUUACAUAUAAUGUACUUUAUGAAGAAAUAUUGGUGUAAUAUUAAAGAUAAACAAUGCUAAAGGAAAUAGGAUAAAGAAAUCUCAUGUUCUGUAUUUUUGUGAAUUCAUGUUUUUUUUUCUUUUUCAUUUGUAACUUUAUAUUUUGGAAAAUUUGUCCGAUCUUUUAAGUUGACUCCAACACAUGGUAUUUUAUCAGUCGUGCAUCUGAGUUGAGUUAUGCUGUUUAGCAAAUGAUUUAUCAGGUACAAAAUGUACGAAUUUAUCAAUUAUUCACCAAAAUCCCACAAACGUAGCAACCAUUUUUUAACCACUUAAGCAUACGAAACAGGUAAAAUAAUGUAAGUUGUGGAAAGGAUAAAAUUCUUCACUUGAAUUUACUGAAGCUAAGAUCCACCCCGUGAAUAAAAUAUUUUAUUCGGAGUUUUCUAAUUUGAAGCGUAUAAAAUAAAUAUUGUUUUAAGAUUUUCUAAUAUUUAUAAAAAAAGACAUGAAAUACAAAUCAGCUAUAAUUUUCAAUCAAAAGCUUUAUAAUUUAUUAUUAUGGUAGAAAUUAAUUAUACAUGUAUAUCUAUUGUGUUUUUUUAAAAAUAAAUUAUUUGAUGAAAUUAAAAGUAGAAUCGAGAAUUGGAUUUCAAAGGGUAAUGGAUAUCUACAAUUGAAUCAUUUGUAAAAUGCAAAAUAUACCCUCUUACCGCGUCAAACUUCAGUAAGUUGUAGGAGCCUUUAAAAAAAGCCACCAAUUCCAUUUUUGUCACGCUAGUUUAAGUAAUUUUUACCCAUAUGUCUACGCCUUUUAAAUUAAUGAAAUAUAUCUUAAAUUGUUACAGUUU